UAGGAUGCAAACCACACCUUUUCGAAAGUCUUUAUAAGAAAAAGUCACAUGAAGCAACCAUCAUACUUUCAUCUGGACCAACAAUGGCUCUGCAUUGUAUUAUUCUGCUUCUCACCAGUGUGAUUUUCUCCAAAGCACUGGCACUGAAAUGUUAUGGAUGUGUACCAGAUCCAUCUAAUUUAACAUGCACAGAUGGUCAAAUUGUGUGUCAAUCUCAAUGUAGCGCCAUGACCACGACUGUAGCAGUAGGCAACUUUAGACAAAGUACGAGCAUGAAGGCUUGUGGAGAUCCAUUUUCAUGUGUUAAUGGGAGCAUAAAUUAUGGACAAAGCAGAAUAUCUGUCAACACCCAAUGCUGUAAUACAAAUCUUUGCAACAUUAAAGAUGCACCAGAGUUGCCAAGAUCUCCCCCUAAUGGAAAGAGUUGUUAUUCCUGUGAUCAGACAAACUGUUUUAAAGUUUUGCCUUGUGAAGGUGAUGAGAACCAAUGCUUUACUUUCACAGUUGAGGUAAAUGGCAAGAAUGACACUCAGAAAGGAUGUUCAAGCAAGCUGUUCUGUGGCAGCUUUGGAUCACGAGCACUUACACGGGGACGUAGUGGGGGUUAUUUUGACAUGAAAUGUUGUGAGGGAAACCUAUGUAACAGGGCCCAGAACAUGAGAGUUUUUUUCUUUCCGUUCGUAUCUUUAAUCAUCCUACACUUUUCAUCAAAGAUAUUGUAACAAAUGGAAAUUAUGAUGUGCUCCUUUUAAUGACCUCAUAGUUUGGGUGUGCACAAGAGAGAAUGAGGUGUGGCUGCACGCACCAUAGCUCUGUGUCAGUAAACAGCUUAACCCAUGUAUGUAAAAUAUAAAAUGUAUUUAUAUAUUUAUUAAUUUUUUUCUCAAUUUGCUUUAACAUUUUGAAGUCACACUGUUAAUAACAGAAAGCAUCAGAUUUGCCUUAACAGAGCGAAGACCACAAAAUAAACCACAUGUGGUAGAGUAGCCAUGAACCUUCAAAUUUGACUCCGCUGCAUGUAACUAUC